GGACGUUAGCGGACAGUCUGCAGAACUGCGCAAAUAGUCUACAUGUGAUUGGAGAAGCCAUCAGUUUCACGACAUUUGAAACUUAAUCAUACACCAACAAGAAAAUGACAAGUGCUGUUUCUUCUUGACAACUGUAAAAUAAAUAAAAACAAGAAUUAUCUGCGAGAAUCUGACGUUAAUGCAGCAUUUUGUCUAGAUGCAGUGUAGGCUAAUGUUUCUCCUGUUAUUACUUUUUCCCUGCGGCCGAGAUGCAGUAGAAACACUGGGACCGUUAAAACUUUUUUCUUUAUUCUGCGUUGUAGCUGCCUUUCAACGGGAACACGCUUUUUUAUGUCUAAAUCAAAGCCUGGUUCGGAUUAACUCGCUGUCUUCCUUGUUCUGCGCACUGGACAUUAAAAAACAGAAAAUGCUGGCCUGCAUUAUCUUGAUCUUCUCCUUGAUGAUUGCUGCCAGAUCUCAAAAUGUCCAGCCAUCCUCCAGAGGAUCAUGUGGCACCCUGUGCAUCUGUGAGGAAAAAGACGGCAUCGUGGACAUGAAUUGCGAGGCCAGAAACAUCACCAAAAUCUCGCAGGUCCAGGUGCCAUCGGACCUACCUUUUCAACUCAGUCUGUAUAAGAAUGACCUGGUUGAGCUGAAUGCAGAGGAUCUGGAGGGACUGAGGAACGCCGUUUCCCUUCACCUGGGGGCUAACAGCAUACAGGCGCUGGAGCCAGGGGUCUUCAGUGCCCUGAGCUCCCUGAAGAAGCUGCGCAUCAACAGCAACUUUUUAGUCGAGCUGAAAGAGGACACUUUCCAGGGGUUGGGAAACCUGGAGUUCCUGCAGGCCGACACAAACUUCAUUCGGGUGGUGGAGCCGGGGGCCUUCAGCAAGCUCUUUCGAUUGAAGGUCCUGAUCCUAAAUGACAACUCCAUCACGUUUCUGCCCACCAACAUCUUCCGCUUUGUGCCGCUCACCCACCUGGACCUUCGAGGGAACCAGCUGCAGACCUUGCCCUAUGUGGGUUUUCUAGAGCAUGUGGGUCGCAUUAUAGAGCUCCUGCUGGAUGACAAUGACUGGGUUUGUGACUGCGAGAUCCUGCCGCUGAAGAUCUGGGUUGAGAGCAUGCGGUCCCAGGCUGCCAUUGAUGAGGUGGUCUGCAACAGUCCUCCAUUCCUCAGGGGCAGCCCUCUUAACAAGGUCAAAAAGGAUGUUCUGUGUCCCACCCACACUGAUAUAGACCUGGAGGAGCCAUCCAAGUCAUUGGACCUGGUCGUCACCCCUUCAACGAAAUUGGUCCAGGUCCCCAAGGUGAUUGAUGCCAAGGAUGAGGCAAAGAUCCCCACACCAGUGCCAAAUUCGGUUCCCUUCUGCACUGAACGGUGCUCUUGUUACAACCACCCAACUGCUGGCCUAUUGGUUCACUGUCAGGACAGGGGGAUUGAAAGGAUUUCCGAACUUGGGCUUCUCCAGCUGAGUCCCAGGAAGCUCAUAUUGACUGGAAACAUGAUACAGAGGCUCCUGCAGUAUGAUUUUGUGGUGUAUGAGAGCCUGGAGCUGCUGAAUUUGGCAAACAACCAAAUUGAUUAUGUGGACAAUGAAACCUUUCUCAGUUUAGACCAUUUGAAAAGGCUUUACUUGAAUGGUAAUAGACUGGAUCAUUUGUCCCCAGGAAUGUUCUCUGGACUCCACAAUCUGGAAUACUUGUAUUUAGAAUACAAUGCAAUCAAAGACAUUCUCCCUGGUACUUUCAACCCAAUGCCAAACCUGAAGCUGCUCUCCUUAAAUAACAAUUUUCUUCAAACCCUCCCAUCGCAGAUAUUUCACAGUGUGCCACUUGCUACUUUGAAUCUGCGGAAAAACCAAUUCCUGCACUUAGCUGUGAGCAACCUGCUGGACCAGUUGAAUUCCCUGGAGAAGAUUUACUUGGAGGACAACCCAUGGGAUUGUAGCUGCGAUCUGGUCAGUCUCAAACAGUGGGUGGAGAAACUGGCCAAGGAUAUAGUAGUAGGCACCAUUUUGUGCCACAUGCCGAGGAAGGUAGCUAAAUCUGAACUGCGGGAUGUGAAAGCUGAGGUCAUGUGCCCAGGCCUGAACAUUAAGGACAGUCAAGGCAAAACUACUGAAGCAACCAACACCAGCAAUGCCGAGGGAGGCUUCUUUCAUUCGUUGACCAACACAGUACCGCUCUCGGUCCUGAUCCUCAGCCUCCUUGUCCUCUGUCUCACGGUCAUAUUUUGCUCAGCAGGGAUAGUAGUCGUGGUCUUGCACCGGCGGAGGCGUUCCAAGAAGGGCCAGUCGGAGGACCAACCCAGGGAGAAUAGCCCCAUCCAUCUGCAGUACAGCAUGUAUGGACAGAAGACUACCCACCAUGUGGCACAGAGGGCCCGCGUGAAUAUGAACACCUAUGAGGAGUCAGGUCACAGCCCUGUUAUUCAGGUGUGCCGAACCCCCGCCUACUGUGCUCGCCACAAGGACCAGGAGCUGGAUCAGCUACCCGCCAUCCUUGACGAGUCCAAACACCUCUGCCGGAGUCUCCUAGAAAUGGGGGAUGAGUCGCCUCCCAUGGGCAAAAACCUUAAGUUCAUGGCCUUGACAGAAGGCCCAGCUGAUUUUGUGGCCCUGGGAGACCAUGGGUCCCUCUACCGGAACAUUCUGGAGAGGGAGAAGGAUCUGCAGCAGUUGGGGAUCACAGAGUACCUCAGGAGGAACAUUACUCAGCUGCAGCCAGGCGGAGCUCAGAUCCAGGGCCAGGAACAGCAUGAGGAGCUGAGGCUCAUGGAGGCUAUCAUGUACAGCCGUCCACGCAAGGUGGUGGUGGAACAGUCCAAAAAUGAGUAUUUUGAACUCAAAGCAAACCUCCACACAGAGCCUGACUACCUGGAGGUGCUAGAGCAUCAACCGUCUUUCAAUUAAAAAGGGUAUAUUUUUAACACUUGAAGUGCCUUAGAAUGUUGUUGUCACAUAAUAUCUGCCUCACAUUGUUAAUGUGGAAGCAAUAAUUCAAGUUUUCAGUUUCACCAAUUUUCAGUUUUUCUGAAAUACUACAUUAAUACAGUUGCAAAAGUAUUCAAACUGUUCAGACUGGCCAUUGCACAUGCACGUACAGUACAUGCAGGCAUUCAAUUGAUAGACUUAACAAGGAGUUACUGUAUGCUGCUUCCUGUGUAAAUAUUUUACAACACAGAACUUACUGAGCAUUCUCCAUCAUGACUGUAUAUUCUUCCAUAGAAUAAACAUACGCCACGGGCCACAUUGCCUGUGCAAUGCCAAGACUGGUUGCUGGUAUGACACAAAAUUAAAGCAAAGAGCAUGUCAUAUUUUAGCUGAAAUGUUUAUUUAAACUCAUGGUAUGUACUAAUUUAUGUGAACAUGCAGAGACAGACACAGACAGACACACACACACAAACACAUUUUUAAAUUUUUUUAUGAAAAAUGAGUCUACCAUGAAAUGUUGUUAUAAUUUUCUCUUUAUGUUUCUAUAAAUAUAUUUGUUAGAUAAGAAAUGCACAUAUGUUAACUUAAUCUAUUGGCAGCCUUUUUUACUGUAUACAGUUGGAUAUUUCAGAUUUUUUAUUUUGCACUAUUCAAAAGGUGAUUUUAAAGAUGGUGCAUGACAAUCACUUUUCUGUUUCAAGUUUCAAACUCAGACCCAAGGGAUAUAGCGACUGAUUGUUUGUUUGUCAUGUUGUUGGAUAUCCAACAUCCAAUUAUUCUCAGCAGUACUUCUCAGCAUAAUACUUA